GUUCUUGAGGACUCUGCCAGCAGAAGGCAGACUCUGCCUGGUCAGGUUGCGCUAGAAAGGCUGGGAAGUACAGACCAGUGAGGUGUACUCUGUGCCAAUCAUUCCAGGACCAGCCUCGGGGAGUUCAAAGAGAUCGGCUCCUUGAUAAUGGAUUCUUCAGCCAUAGUAACUGAUGAAGACCUCCUGACUCAAAUCUAGCAGGAUUGCACAACUGCAUUGGUGAGUGAGGCAUCCACAUCAACAAAACAGGUCCUUGAAGUGCUCCGGAAAGCAGAGGGCUAACUUUACAAAGUAUUAAAGUAAUUGAAUACUCUGUCUCCUGGGUCCCUCAUUGCUCUGGAUGUUGCCAAUCUUUACCCACCCCAAUCCCUCUUAGAAGUCACCAAUCUGUCUGAGCUGAAUCUACCAGAUAAUAAAGAGCUAGAGCCAUCUGAUCUGUGCUAAGAUGAUAAAAGCUGCUCAUGCCUUCAUCUCACCCAGACUUAUGUUCGUACACAGCAACUGAAGAAGGUGACAAGUAUUUAGACGGCAGGCAAAGACUAUAGCUACUUUUGAAAUUAGAAGCUUUUCGUCCAGAAGUUAAUUAAGUUGUCUUCGGACCAGGAUUCACUGGGGAAAACUUACAGACAGUUUCAGGAGUAGAGCAGUCUGUAGCUGAGAUUGUGACUUUGUUUCCCUCAAGCCCUUCCUCGGAGGAUGAUCUCACACAACAUGACGUGGAUAAAAUAUCCAAGUAAAGAACUCAUUGAAAUCGAGGAUAUCAUAAGGUCACAGAACAUAAUAUCAAGAUUUAUGCACAUCUACAUAGCACUGUUUGUCCCGACAAGUCUGGUGGCGGGCAUAUUCAACCUAACCACCUUCAUAAAGAGGCGUGCUAUACUAGGAAAGCUGGACCUGUAUCUUUUGGAUUUGACUGUGACCAACCUUCUAGUGACCCUGUUUUCAUUCACUGCCAUAACUAGACCAGAAUACAUAGUGACCACCAACCUGAACUGUGGGGCACUCUCUUUUUUCUUCAACAUUUGUUACUACAAUGCUCAAUACAUUCAGAUUGCCAUGUUCUACACAUUCCUGAUCCAGGAUUAUUUGAUGUGUCUGAGGGUGGUAACACUGAUCAAAAAGCCAUUGGGAUACUUGAGCCUUGUCUUUGCUUGUGCUUUUAGCAGCUCUCUGGGAGGUGUGAUGCUUCUAGGCACAACUGGCUCAUUACUUGAAAGUACCCUGUGUCAGGUGGACCCCCUGACAGCCUGGCCCGAAUAUGAGAUUGUCAAAUUCAGCCUGGGUUUUGGGGUGGCACUGAUUAUAGAAGUGGUUUUCUUUACCCUGCUCAUUGGGAAGCUGGCACAGAGAGACGUUACUCCACAGAAAGACAACAUGCCCACUUACAGGGUCAUGCUGACCAUCACCCUGGUUAUGUUUGCCUGUCGUCUCUUUUACAACAUUAUGCUACUCAACAGGUCCAGGCUCAAACUUCAGAGGGAUAAUGGUUCUCCCAGAGAUGAGCUCAUCAUGAAUAUUGCGGAACUAGUCCUCUUUGGUGAGAGUUGUGCGAGCAACCUGGCCAUUCUUUUUCUUCAUAAACCAUGCAGACUUGCCCUGAAGAAAAGCCUACGAAAUCUAACCAAACGGUGCCGAAGGGAAGAAGAGAACCACAAUGGCAUGCCCUUGUAGAGAGGAAGCUAAAAUGCAUCUGUAUCAAUACAUGGUAGAGAAGGGCAACACUGGCAAUAGAUUAGUUGCUCAGCCUUUCAAGAGGAGUGUGAUCCAUCUGUUGAAACUCCAAAUUUGUACUGUGAGAUCAAGCAGAGAGGAUAUGAUGUCUAGGCAAGAGACUGUAGGGAUUUUGUUAUUCGCUACUGGAUUCCAGAUCAUCCACAAAUAUUCCUAAAUGCCCCUAAAUGCCUCCAUCUAAAUGAAAAAUCAUCCUGGAAGACAGCCAGUCUUUCAAAGCUCCCUCAGAAGUUAAAACUGGUGCCAAGCUACCUGAAUACAUUCACAAUGCAUUCAAUAAAAGCAAGCCAUAAUAUAUUGAGAUACUUAAGCAAUAUUUCACCUUUCCCAGUUUGCUUUGUUAGCUUUUAAAAUAUUCUAUUCAUUGAAAGUGAGUAUGAAAACAACAGAGAGGAUAAAGCACAUACAGAAGCAACUGGUUCUCAAAAGAUUAGCUGAAUAAACAGCAUAAGCCAGAGAAACCGGGUUAAUGUAUUACUAAGAAUAAAAUAUGGUGGGUUUUUUUCCUACAUUAUAAUAAACUGAGGUUAAAAAGUUAUCACUCAGGGCAGCUAGGUGGUGCAGUGGAUAGAGCACGGGUCCUAGAUUCUGGAGGACCUGAGUUCAAAUGCAGCCUCAGACACUUGACACUUAACUAAGCUGUGUGACCCUGGGCAAGUCACUUAACCCUCAUUGCCCUACCCCCCACCCAAAAAAAGUUAUCACUCACAUUUAAAAGUAGUUUUUACGGUGCUGAUUCAGUGAUAACAAUGGAACAAUGUUCUGUUUGCUGUAACAUGCUAUAGUAGAAAGAACAGUCAAUUAGGACGGAGGAUACCAAGGUUCUGGUCUCAAAACUCUGAGACCAACUAUGAUUUUGUAGAAGUUCCUUUUCAACUUAUUUUACAUAACAAAUGCCUUUCCUAUUUACCCAUAUUAGAGGAUUACAAGAUCAAAUGAGAGCACAAGCAUGCAAGUAUUUUAGAACUUAUAAAGUAGGAUACACAAAUGCAGGGUAUAUUUACUAUGAAUAGUCCAGGACUGGCCUGGUGUCAGGAAGGUAAACUAAAAUGAAAUUAAUUUCACUUAGCAUGGCCUGAACUUUACUGUAGUCCUUUAGUGUUAUUUGUUAUAAAUCCAAGAAUCAUUCUUGAUGCCAAUGGUUUUAUAUGUGAAAUAUGCAUCAAAAUAAUUUCUCUUAAGUUAAAGAAUGUGUACUCAACUGCCAAGUGGGUUUUGUGAGGCAGGAAUA